UUUAAUCGGUUCAGUAGCACUUCAGCAUUACAUCUGGGCGUCGUUUUUUAUAUCAAUAUGUAUAUUAGCUGAGUCGAAAAUAGUUUCCAAACAAAGUUGUGAAAAAUGGCCGUCGCUGUUGACCUCGUUAAGAACGAACCACAUUUACGAACUCUAAAAUUAUCUGGACAUGUUGGAUUUGAUAGUUUACCGGACCAACUGGUUAACAAAAGCGUACAAAAUGGAUUCGUUUUCAACGUCAUGUGUAUAGGUGAAACUGGGCUUGGCAAAUCCACCCUUAUGGAUACUCUUUUCAAUACUAGCUUUGAGUCUACACCAAGUCCGCAUACAUUACCGAACGUUAAAUUGAAAGCCCACACGUAUGAACUUCAAGAGAGCAAUGUUCGACUUAAACUAACAAUUUGCGAUACAGUAGGCUACGGAGAUCAAAUUAAUAAAGAUGAUUCGUUUAAGGCCGUAGUAGACUAUAUCGACGCACAAUUUGAAGCCUAUUUGCAGGAGGAGCUAAAGAUAAAACGUUCUUUGAUUUCGUGCCAUGACAGUCGUAUUCAUGUAUGCUUAUAUUUCAUAUGUCCAACAGGACAUGGCCUUAAGUCAUUAGAUCUAGUUUGCAUGAAGAAACUAGAUAGCAAAGUGAAUAUUAUUCCUAUUAUUGCAAAGGCCGAUACAAUAUCAAAGUCAGAAUUAAACCGCUUUAAAAGUAAAAUUAUGCAAGAAUUGUCUAAUAACGGAGUUCAUAUAUAUCAAUUUCCUACUGACGAUGAAACCGUUGCUGAAACCAAUACAACAAUGAAUACGCACGUUCCAUUUGCUGUGGUGGGAAGUACUGAUUUUAUAAAAGUAGGUAAUAAAUUAAUACGCGCUCGUCAAUAUCCAUGGGGUACAGUACAAGUUGAAAAUGAAAUGCAUUGCGACUUUGUCAAGCUUCGGGAGAUGCUGAUUAGAACUAAUAUGGAAGAUAUGAGAGAGAAAACACAUACCCGUCACUAUGAGUUGUAUAGGCAAAAACGUCUUGAACAAAUGGGAUUUAGCGAUGUUGAUAGUGACAACAAACCAAUAUCAUUCCAACAAACAUUUGAAGCAAAAAGAUCAAAUCAUUUAGCCGAGCUUCAAGCUAAGGAAGAAGAAGUUAGGCAAAUGUUUGUUCAAAGGGUUAAAGAAAAGGAAGCUGAACUUAAGGAAAGUGAAAAAGAGUUGCAUGCAAAGUUUGAUAAACUCAAACGUGACCACGCAGAAGAAAAAAGAAAGUUGGAGGACUCCCGGAAAAAGCUAGAGGAAGAUUUCGUAGAAUUUAGCCGUCGUAAAACUCAGAUAUCGACAUCACACCACACUUUGACUUUAGGCAAAAACAAAAAGAAGUAAACACAAAAUUACAUAACUGUCAAAUUUAUAUGAAUAUUUACAUGUAUUUAUUUAAUCACGAUAUGGAUAUAUACGUACAUACACAUAGAAUUAAUAUAUUUUCUUAUGAGUAUGUUUAUUUUACUUAAUUUCAUCUGCAUAAAUAUUAUUAUUAAAAUAUGUGAAAAAAUAUA